AUGCUGCCCAUCCGUGCUGCGUUCGCAAGAGCCAACGUGUUUGCGGCGCACCGUUCCCCGGCCGGUGCGGCCAUCGUUCGUCUCAAAGCAACCCUUCCGGUUGUGCACGGCGGCCAACCACCAGACCCGUUACCAUAUUCACCGUUCGGAGCGAAACAAUCGAACACCGCCGAAUGGACCGUGGCCCGUUUGGAUGAUUUGCUAAACUGGGGCCGCAAAGGAUCAAUGUGGCCGACAAUGUUCGGCCUGGCGUGCUGUGCCAUGGAGAUGAUGCAAGCGGCCGCUCCACGUUACGAUAUCGAUCGGUUUGGCGUACUGUUCCGUGCUUCCCCCCGGCAGACGGAUUUCAUCAUUGUGGCCGGCACGCUGACGAACAAGAUGGCACCGGCGCUACGCAAAAUUUACGACCAAAUGCCCGAACCAAGGUGGGUUAUUUCGAUGGGCAGUUGCGCCAACGGUGGCGGCUACUAUCACUACUCGUACUCGGUGGUGCGUGGCUGCGAUCGGAUCAUACCGGUCGAUAUCUACGUUCCAGGAUGUCCACCGACGGCCGAGGCACUAAUAUACGGAGUGCUCCAAUUGCAGAAGAAAGUUAAACGCAUGAAAACGGUACAAAUGUGGUAUCGCAAGUAGGUAUGCGAUGUUUCUCGUUAAGUAGAAGUGUUUUUUAAAUGUAAGUGUUAGAGUUAACUGAUAUUAACAUUUUGGUACUCGGGAAAGUGUGAGUUAGUAGGGAAUCGCAUAUGGAAACUAUCGCAUCAUGUUUGAAAGUUCAAAAAGAUACUCACAAACAAACACCAACCCUCCCGGACAUGAUGAGGCAAUAUUUGGGGAAGCUAAAUAUAGCAUGUUUAGAUAAACUCCAACCGUGCCGUGCACAUGCGUCCUUCUCUUUGUGUGUCAUUCGUUAAAGUUUAUUUGCACCUGAACUUCAAGGACGGUGCGCACAUUUCGAACAAAUGCAAUGGAAUUACGAUAACUGAGGUUAGUAGGUGAUAAUAGCAGAUAAAAAUUGGCAUUCCUCCUUAUGAAACUUCAAGAGUUGAAGAGUUUUAUGCAUUGAUCUUUAACCAUCGAACGACUUAAAAAAGCAUUUGUAAUCUAAAAUGUAAUUCCUUCUGACACACUUUUCUGACUAUUCCUAUUCCUUACUGUAUUCCAGCAGUUUCGAAUUCUGUGGUAACGUGUAUGAGUAUUCGCUUACAUUUAUAGUUAGUAAUAUUAUAUGUGUCGUCUAUCUUUCUAAUCACUGCAUGUGUAAGCCUUCGAACGUAUUAUUAAAAAUUCAAUAAACGGAACAUUAAUAUUACGUAUAAUAAA